AUGCAUGCCUUGUGGGUCUCCUUGAAGGAUAAUGUUAAAUGUGGAAACAAGUUCACCGAUGUAAUCAGGCAGCCAACAAAAUGCAGCAAAGGAUGUAACUACGUUUCAGAAAAGGAAAAAAUGAACGGAGAUAAUGGUCCUUUAAUGGAAACUCAUGCUAGCCUAGUAGUUUCUAGGCCAAGCAAACCACUGGCACGGCUUCAUGAGCUCAUUAUUGGAGACCCAUCAAGAAAAAUUGUUGAGAUGAUUUUUCAGAAAGCUUGGAUGAACACCUCAAAGCCACUGAGGAAGGUUAGAACAGUCCUCAGGGUGAGCUACUCGGCAGAAGUUCUUGAAAGGUUUGAAAAUUACAGAGAAAAGGUGAAGAAGAACUCCUGUGACCAAUUUCCAAGGCAUCCAAGGAGCACAGUGGAUGGAAAUGAAUUGUUGCGGUUCUAUGGCACUACAGUGAGAUGUUUCCAAGAGAAAUCUGUGAAGAAAGUUUAUGAUCUCUGUAAAGACCCAUCUUGUUGUCUGUGUCGAAUAAUUCAAUACAAUUUCAACACAGAAUAUGCCGAGAUUCAAUUGAAUACAAGUGGCAAAGAGUUGAGUAAUAGAACAAAUGCCACUGCAAGAGCAAAGAAUGUGAAAAGAGCUGCAAUUGUUUGCAGGAUAAUUGCUGGAACUGCUGUUAAUGAAGUUGAUGGUGAAUAUGAAGGGUCUGACUUAACUGGAUUAGAAGAAAUGCAAUAUAGCUUAGAGAAAUUUGUAUAA